UGGGGGGUGGAGGUACUUAAGUCACUGUCUGCUCUUUGCCAUGGAUUUUACAGCUUCUUCUUCCCUGGGACUGAGAGGUCCUGUCAAUCUGCCUUCCUUAGCUCUGUGGGAAUUUGGGAAGAACCUCAGCACACCAGUGUGGACCUCUCUCAUUUAUCCUUGAGCUGCCUAUAGUCUGAAGCUAUAUUUAGGAAGUGGCGCAUGGAGAACCAAAACCCAACAGGCCCCCCAAUAGGGGAGGAAACAGGAGAUGGUCCUCAUGACUUCCAGGGGACUGCACUCCUCGGUGAUCGUACAGCACUAUUAGCUACUUCCAAACAAGGCAGUAAAGCACGCCAAUCUAAGAAAGAAAGGGCUGUGAGGUACCUCACAAGACAACAAACGCUUCAUGGAGCACAGAAAACAUAUAGAUGCUCAGUGUGUGGCAAAACCUUCAGGAGCUGCUCACACCUUUGUAGACACAAACUAAUUCACACAAGAGUCAAACUACAUUUGUGUUCUGUGUGUGGAAAAACCUUCAGAUAUCUCCAAAUUCUUACUCAACAUGAAAGAACGCACACAGGAGUGAAACCAUAUACAUGUGAGCAGUGUGGAAAGAGCUUUUUUCUUAUCCAAUGCCUUGUUAGCCAUUCAAGAACCCACACAGGGGAAAGGCCAUACACAUGUGAGCAGUGUGGAAAGAGCUUCAUUCAUAACACUGAUUUUACCAUACAUCAAAAAAUCCACACAGGGGAGAAACCAUAUAUGUGUUUACACUGUGGAAAAAGCUUUGCUCGGAGACAGAAUCUUGCAAGACAUCAAAAAACCCACACAGGGGAGAAACCAUAUACUUGUUCACACUGUGGAAAAAGCUUUGCUCGGAAACAGCAUCUUGCUGAACAUGAAAGAACCCACACAGGGGAGAAACGAUAUACUUGUUCACACUGUGGAAAAAGCUUUGCUUGGAAACAUCAUCUUGCUGGACAUGAAAGAACCCACACAGGGGAGAAACCAUAUACUUGUUCACACUGUGGAAAAAGCUUCACUCGGAAACCUGAUCUUGCAAGACAUCAAAAAACCCACACAGGGGAGAAACCAUAUACAUGCUCGCUGUGUGGGAAAAGCUUCACUCAGAAAUAUAAUCUUGCAAGACAUCAAAAAAGCCACAAAGUGAAAAAACUAUAAUCAUGCUUUGAGGGUGGAGACACACACCAACCCUUCGUACACAUGAAAGAAACCAUCAGAGAGACAUUGUCCAAAUGCUUGCACUGCAUUGGUGAUUAUUUGAGCCAUUUAAUAUUUUUUAUUGUAAAUAUUUUUGUUUUAACAGCAAUGUAAACAAUUGAGACUAAUCGCAGUGUGGAAACAACCACAGUCUCGUCACAGGAUUCAUUUCAUAUCAAGGAUUCCACACAGGGGUUAGGCACUGCGGAAAAAGCUACACUCGGAAACAUCGUCUUGCUAGACAUCAGAGAACCCAUGAAGUGAAGAAACCAUAGACAUGUUUGUAGGGUGGAGGGAGUUUCUGUCACUAAACAAGCCUUCAUGAACAUGAAAGAAGACAUAGAAGAGAGACAUUGGACAAAUGUUCACACUCCAGAAAGAGCUUUGCUGAUAAAACAAGCCUUAAUGAACGCAAGAUGAUGUACAGAGAAGAGGAAACCCCUUGACUUCUUGGGCUGCAGAAAGAGUCUCAGUGUCACAACACCUGCUGCUUUUCCCUUCAAGAAGUCCACACAGGUAAAAUUCCCAUUGGUUUGUCUUAUAUGGUCAGGUUGGGGCAUUCCUUGAGUGUCCUAUAUUUCUGAGCCUUGGAAGCUUCAGGGUUUGGAGCACUUUUAAGGGGUUGCUCAGUGAGGAACUCCAUGGGCUUUUAUCAUGUUUGGUGGUUUUAAUUGUGUCUUUUAGUGCGCUGGGUUCAAUGUUUCCAAAUGCUUUGAUUAAAGGUGGGUUGGGGGGAUGUGAUAAGUGAAGCUUUUUCCAUUGGUGGAGUAAUUGCAGCUACAAUUUUCUGGGAGAUCUGAGAUUUCUACCAAUAGAGAAGACCCAUUAAUAAGAUUGCAUUGAAGGCUGUUCUGUCAAUUGAAUAGGCCAAUUGUCAAACUAUACCAGAUAUUACAUCUGAUCAUAUCCCCAGUUCUGAAUUCACAAGGAAGAAAAGAAAAGUAGAAAACAUUUUCUCCUCCAGCAUUCAGCUGCAUUGGAACAGAUAUAUUUGCUGCUUUCUACAUUUUUAAAUAUAUAUAUUUGAAUGUAUUUGCUAUACUUAUAAAUAAAGUUGGAUGUACAUUUUCUCA